GGUUCGGCUCAGACGCAGAUGAGGCAUUGGAACUGACGGAUCUCACCCGUACCGGCGUUUAGGAUGCGUCCGCGGCACUAAUUUCCCCCCGUUCCCUGUGGUGCUAACACCGAACGGGAAACAUGUCAAACAUAAAUCGAGAUGUCUGUUUUGUCAGUCAAGGAAAGUUCUGGGCUCUGUGCAUUCUUCUGCUUUCUACCAGCCCUCUCUCCUGCUUUUCAAAUUUUAGUCAUCUCAUCUAUAAGAUAAAUGAAGGCUUACCCAAGGGGACUCUCAUUGGGGCUACCGGUGCAGACUUAAACUUGGAUUUCUCAGUUGAUCCUCCUCGAUUGUUCAAUCUGGAGCUAAAGCAGAUUGGUGCUCAGUAUGUGCACCUGAAUAAUACCACAGGGGAGCUGUACACAUCUGCUCUGGAGAUCGACAGAGAGGCUCUGUGCGCAGACUCCCACGAGGGCCAGGGUUGUGCCCUCUUUCUGGAUGUGAUCAUUCUGCCACAACAGUACUUCCAGCUAGUUAAGAUCAAAAUCAUCAUUGAAGAUAUUAAUGACAACAGGCCAUAUUUCCCCAUGGAUGAGAUCAGGGUGUCGGUGCCCGAAAAUGCACCAGUGAACAGCCGGUUUGCAGUAGAGCAAUCUGCUGUAGAUCCUGACGUGGGAAUCUACGGCGUGCAGACCUAUUGGCUGGUUGACAACUAUGGCGUUUUCACCCUGGACGUGGAGGAGAACGAGGGGGGAGAACUGACACCAAUGCUGAUCAUUACUGAGUCGCUUGACAGGGAGACGCAGGCGGAAUAUGUCACUGAAAUCAUAGCUGAGGAUGGAGGGUCUCCACCACUUUUGGGCACUGCCACUUUUAGAAUCAUCAUCACAGAUGUGAAUGACAACUGCCCCAAGUUCACUGAGUCCCAGGUGAAUGUGACACUCUUUGGAAACACUACUAAGGGCACACAGCUGACACGCCUCCAUGCCUUUGACCUUGAUCAGGGCUCCAAUGCCCAAAUCACCUACACUUUCAGUGAGCGGGUCAGCGAAGAAACCAGGAACCGCUUUCACUUGGAUGCAUCCACGGGGGUCAUUAAGCUAGCUGGAAAAAUUGACACAGAUGCUGUAAAGUUCUACAGGUUGGCUGUGCUGGCAAAUGGGCCAGCUUGCAUCCCCGAUGUGGCUACAGUCAUUCUCAACGUUGUCAGGGUGGUCUCUGGCCCCCCAACCAUCAUACCACGCUAUAUUGCUUCAGAGCAAAAUGGUGUGGUUUCCCUAAGCGAAUCUGAGCCACCAUUUUCUCCAAUUGCAUUUUUCACCAUAAAGAAUAUGGACCCGAAGCAAGGGGGGGUGUGCCUUCUGGAAGGGACUGGACCCUUCAGGCUCUUGCCGUACAAGCACUUUAAAAACGAGUACUUGCUGGAGACCACUGACCUAUUGGAUUAUGAGCAGAAGAAGGAUUAUGAAAUGACUGUAGUGGUCCGAAGCACAAUCGGAUUAACUGCUAAGACAGUGCUGAAGGUGCAGGUGCUGGAUGUUAACGACAAUGCGCCCAUCUUUAAGCAAUCAAUUAUCGACAUCAAGGUUGAGGAGAACAACACCCCAGACAUAUUUCUUACUAAACUGCAGGCCACGGAUGAGGACAGCGAGAGCAGGGGUGAUGUGCUCUACCUCCUGGGGUCAGAUGCUCCCUCCAUUUUCCACCUGGAUCGGUUGUCCGGUGUUUUGACUGUGAGCACAUCUCUCGACCGUGAGGAGAAAGAGACCUACCGGUUUAUAGUGCGAGCUGUGGACUGUGGCACGCCGAGGAAGGAGUCAAUCGCCACGGUGGUUGUCACCGUGCUGGACCGCAAUGACAACAGCCCUCGCUUCAUCAACAAAGAUUUCACUUUCUUUGUGCCAGAGAACUUUCCAGGAUUCGGGGAGAUCGGAGUGUUGUCUGUCACGGAUGCAGAUGCAGGAGAAAAUGGCUGGGUGGCACUGUCGAUCCUCAAUGGAAGUGAUAUUUUUGUGAUCGACACAGGACGGGGGACCUUGAGGGCAAAGACCUCCUUGGACAGGGAGCAACAGGGAACAUACUACCUCUGGAUCGAGGCUGUGGACGGGGGUGAUCCUGCACUCUCCUGCAUCACCAUGGUCACCAUUCUGCUUCUGGACGUCAACGACAACCCACCCACUGUGCUGUUUCCUCAGUCCAACCAAUCCUUCAUGCUGGUUCUUCCAUCUACACUCCCAGGGACAUCCAUUACAGAAGUAUACGCCGUGGACAGGGACACCGGCAUGAAUGCUGUAAUUGCUUACAGCAUCAUCAAACGCAGGGGUGGUGAGACAGGCUCAUUUGACAUCGACCCCAACACAGGAAACAUCACUCUCAGAAAGGCCUUGAGCAACCGGGGCCUCUACAGCUUGCUGGUCAAAGUCAGCGACCAUGGCCAGCCUGAACCGCUGUACUCCACCGUCCUGGUCAACCUAUUUGUCAACGAGACCAUCAGCAAUGAGACCUACAUCCAGAGCUUGUUGACCAGGGAAGCAGAAAUCGGCAUUGAGGAGAUUAGACCACCAAACAGGCUGGCCCGGGGGCCAGAGUAUAGUGAGAUCUUCCCCUGCCAGCCAGUUCUUAUUGCCCUCAGUACCACCUGUCUAGGACUGUUUCUUAUAGUGGUGUCACUGACUACAUACAUAUGCUGUACGAGACAGAAAAAACAUAAAAAGAAGAGGCUGGAAGUGGAGCUACCAUUAAAAAUGAACAGUGACAUGCAGGCUAUGGACCGGAAGCUCAUGGAACUUUCCAACAUGUGACAAUGGGCCUCUCCAAGAUUGUGCUUACUGCCUAAACAAAACUGUUUACAAAUGGGAAAUGUGAGCUUCUAAUUUACAAAGAAACAAAUGGAGUGUAAAAUGACUGUUUUGCAAUGCAUUUUCCAUGAUUAUCUACUGGAUUGCCACCCUGCUUUCUCCGAUUUCACUCUGCACUGGAGUCUGUAGUGGGAUUUGAAUAUUUGCCCUGGAUUUGCUACCCUCUCCACCUUUCCUACCAAAACAGUGAUGCAUUCUCAGACCUCUUAAGCCUGUGGUGUGAAAACAAACUGUACAUGAAUAUUAAAAUUUUAUUUUCUUACCACA